CUAGUUUAGUUGUAGGUUGAUGGCACAGUGUCUCCCUGGAAAUAACAUUCUCUCCCCAAAGUCACAAUUUCUGUUAGUCCCUGCCAGAUUAAUCGUUACCAUGUACUGCAAAAGGGGCCUGUAUGUAGAAAUACUUUUCAGAAGCUUUUGUGUGCAUCUGGGUUCAUUAAAAACUAUCCUGUUACCCUACAAACGCUCCUCUGCGUUUAUCCACCGCAUGAUCUCAUCCAAGAAGCUUUUCAUGUAAUUGAGCCCACGUGGUGUCAGGACAUAUCUAAUGAGCAUUGUUAGAGCCAAGAGUAGAAUUUUCUGCAAAGGAACUGAGGCCUCUCCGGUCUGAUCUGCUUUUUUAAAAUAAAUAGCUUUAUGUGCCCAUUAUUCCUCCCUACCCCCACUGAACAGCUCAAGGAAAAUUACCCAGAACUGUAAAAUGUUAUUUUUUGUAAUAUUAAUAACAGUUGACAUUAGUCAUUAAACUGUAGCAAUUGCUUUUGUAUUGUCCUUAAAAUACAUCAAAUCCCUAUCUUAACAUGGAAACUAAAACAAUCUACCCAAUAAUCACACAGUUAAUUUGUGGUAAAAUUGGGAUUGGAACCCACACUAUUAAGCAAAACUGUUGUAAAAACACAGCUGGUGGAAUUUGUCAGUGGGGAUUUACCAGAGGGAAGUAAAUUCACUUGCUGUUGCAGUAAAGGAGAAAAAUAUAGUGCCUGAAAAAGACAGAGGAAACUUGCAUCUUUCCGGAAUGAAACCUUGUAUGGUGACACUAUGUGCUGCUUCCAAAUUGCAACAGAAAUAGGAUAGUUUUUUGAUGGAGGCUUUUGUGGUACUUAGUAAGUUCAGAUUCACUAAAUGUCAUAACACUUUUGUUUUAAUGUUGAAGACAUGUCUUCUGGGAUUGGCUGGCCUAGCGGCUUCACUAUUAAAAAUGGAAGGGAGUCAGGGCCUCAGCUCCAGCUCCAACCAUGUGGACAGCAGAUGAGAUUGCUCAGUUGUGCUACGAGCAUUAUAGUAUCAGACUGCCCAAGCAGGGGAAGCCUGAGCCAAACCGUGAGUGGACGUUGUUGGCAGCGGUGGUGAAGAUAGAAUCUCCAGCUGACCAGGCUUGUGACACCCAGGAUAAACCCGUGCAAGUGACAAAGGAAGUUGUCUCUAUAGGAACAGGAACGAAAUGCAUAGGCCAGUCCAAAAUGAGGAAGAGUGGAGACAUCCUCAAUGACAGCCAUGCUGAGGUCAUUGCCAGAAGGAGUUUCCAGAGAUAUCUUCUCCAUCAGCUCCAUUUGGCCGCCGUCCUGAAAGAGGAUAGUAUCUUUGUCCCAGGAACUCAUAGAGGACUGUGGAAGCUCAGACCCAGCCUAUCUUUUGUGUUUUUCUCUAGCCACACACCCUGUGGGGAUGCCUCCAUCAUUCCAAUGCUUGAGUUUGAAGAACAGCCUUGCUAUCCUGUCAGCGGAGACUGGGCCCACAGCUCACCUGUAGGAGGGAGUGAUAAUGGAGAGGCUCCUGAAAGUAAAAGGAAUUGUGAAGACCCUGACAGCCCUGUAGCCAAAAAGAUGAGGCUUGGAACUCCUACCAGCUUGGUCUCCAGUGGUACAGCUCCCCAUAGUAAGCAGGAAAGUGGUCCAGUCACUCUAGAGGUCAGCAGCUCUAAUCUCACUGUGGAGGAACCAGUCACUGCUGAUGGAAUAGCCCCCUGUGGUGUCAAAGUGAUGGACAUUUAUAGAACCGGAGCCAAAUGUGUUCCUGGAGAAACUGUUGACUCUAGGAAACCAGGUGCUGCCUACCACCAGGUAGGGCUGCUUCGAGUGAAGCCAGGUCGGGGAGACAGGACUUGCUCCAUGUCCUGCAGUGACAAGAUGGCACGAUGGAAUGUCCUUGGAUGCCAGGGCGCGCUGUUGAUGCACUUCCUGGAAGAGCCCAUCUACCUGUCAGCUGUGAUCAUUGGGAAGUGCCCUUACAGCCAGGAGGCCAUGCAGAGAGCACUGACUGGCAGGUGUCAGGACAUCUUGGCAUUACCUAAAGGUUUUGGAAUUCACAAACUGAAAAUUCAGAAGUCAGAUUUAUUAUUUGAACAGAGCCGCUGUGCAGUACAAGCAAAAAGGGCUAACGGUCCAGGCCGACUUGUUCCUUGUGGGGCAGCUAUCAGCUGGAGUGCAGUUCCUGAGCAGCCUUUGGACGUUACUGCCAACGGCUUUCCACAGGGAACAACAAAGAAAGGCAUUGGAAGCCUUCGGGCCAGAUCCAGAAUCAGUAAAGUGGAACUCUUUAGAUUAUUCCAGAAGCUGCUAAGCAGCAUUGGAGAAGACAAGUGGCCAGAGUCCCUCAGGGUACAGAAGCUGGACACCUAUCUGGAGUAUAAGGAGGCUGCAUCUGCUUACCAAGAAGCCUGGAGUGCCCUCCGGAAACGGCCAUUUGCAUCCUGGAUCAGAAACCCACCCGACUAUCACCAGUUUAACUGAAUGUUGCUGGUAGCAAGACCCUUCGUAUUGAUCUGCUGCUCCCUUCCUGCUCAUCAAGACCCAGCUUUUCAGAGGCUCUAGAGUACCUUCGUGGCUUCAUUUUUCUGCAUAAAGAACAUUCCAGAGCACCACAUCUCUUUUGUGUAAUAGAGAUGGACUCCAGAACCCGGAACGAUCUAUACAUGAUUAAAGAAGCUCUCUGCCAAAAUGGCAUCGAACUAAUGACCUUGGUAUCUGCCUUCAGUUAUGCUUUAUUGGUUCUCUAAAAUACAGAUUUAUGAUACUUUUAAAGCAAUCUGCAGCAGCUGUUUUAUGUGUUUCUAUAUUGAUUCAGAAAAUAUUUACUGAGCUGAAAUGAUGUUCAAAUGUCUGGAAACUUUACAGCUUUGCUUGGAAUAGUGAACACAUACUGCUUAUUCCUAGCCAUUUGGGGGAUCCAUUUCCCAGACUUUGGCAGUCAGACU